AUGAAAUCAUUAAUAAGGAUACAUUCGGCAUUAGCGACCUUACUAUUUAUUUUUGCUGCAGUUGCAGUUGCAGCUCCAUCAAAGAGCGUUGAUCUUUCCAAAACACCACAGGAGCUUGUCAUGGAAGAUAUUCCAGACAAAACUAAUGAAGGUUUUUGGUGGAUCAAGUUUUACUCACCAUACUGCCACCAUUGCAAGGCUUUUGCGCCCAGUUGGGACCGAAUCUACAAGAAAUUGAACUCUUCUUAUGAAGAGCUGCAUUUUGCAAGUGUCAACUGUGUCACACAGGGUGAUUUAUGCGAUAAGAUGGAAGUCAAUGUGUACCCUACAAUCAACUUAUACAAGGACAACAAUCUCGUAAAAAACAUGAAGGGAAUCCAGGCAGAAGAUUUUCUGGAGAAAUUUAUUGAUUUAGAAAUUAAAAAAGCUCGUGAUAAUACUGAACCACCGAAAGAAUCAAAUGGAUCAAGUGAAUCUAAUGAAUCUAAUGAAUCUAAUGAAUCUAAUGAAUCUAAUGAAUCUAAUGAAUCUAAUGAAUCUAAUGAAUCUAAUGAAUCUAAUGAAUCUAAUGAAUCUAAUGAUAAGCCCUCUGAUGAAUCAGCCGAGUCAAGUGAAGGGCCAACAAAAUCAAAAGACUCUAAAUUCCCCUCUUACCCUAACUCAUCUGAUGUUGUUAAUUCCCAAUACCCUGAAUCUAUUGAUCCGGAGCUUCUUGAAGAAGUUGCUGAUGGAUCACUUCCUAACCCUAAUGGCAUUUCUGUUAAUCUCGAGCACAGUGAUUUUAGCCGACUUGUAACAGCCAAACGUGACGGCUGGUUUAUUCAGUUUUACUCUACCGACUCCAAAUACACUCGCAACAUUCAGCCUGCUUGGGAUUUGAUGGCUGCAGAAGCCAAGGGUAAGGUUAAUAUUGGUCAGGUCAACUGUAAGAUUGAGCGCAGACUUUGCAAGGAGGCUGGCAUUACACAAUUCCCAACUUUGAAGUACUUUGCAUCUUCUAUGCAAUCUGAGUAUAAGGGUCUUCGUGGAACUGGUGAUUUACUGCAGUUUUUGAAGCGUGUUUAUGAUUCCCAUCACCCCAAGAACCUUUCCUUUAAGGAAUAUAGUGUUAUUCGCAAAGAUGCUGAAGAUGUGACAUUGCUUUAUCUUUAUAACCACAACACUGCGACUGAGGAUUUCCAGGCUUUUGAAAAACUUGCUGUUUCUGUUAUUGGGACAGUUGACAUUGCCAUUUCUAAUGAUACCAGUAUUAUUGAAGAUUUGAAGGAAGAUAGUGUUCCUGCAUUGUAUGCCAUUUCCAAGGAAAAGAAGGUUAGAUUUCCAGAGAAGACAUCUUAUGGUUUGCGUGACCAUAACCAACUUGUGCAAUGGGCUGAAAAGAAUCGUCAACCCUCUGUUCCUCAACUUACACCUUCGAAUGUCAAGGACAUUUUUUCCAACUCUAUUGUGGUUCUUGCUAUUCUUGAUCCUCGUGAAGAAGAGGUUACUACAUCGUCUAUCAAGGAAUUAAAGGCAGCAGCUGUGGAGAUUCAGGAGAUUAUGGCUAAGAAUGAACGGGAAGAAUUGGAAGAGCUUCGAAAGAAGAAGCAAUUGAAGAUUGAUGAGGCCAAAGAUAAGGAGGAUAAGGGAGCAGAAGAGCGAGCAAAUGAGAUUCGGGUUGAAGUUAAUGGUAAAGAGCCUAUUAGUGUUGCAUGGAUUGAUGCUAUUUUCUGGGAACGAUGGCUUAAAGGUAGAUAUGGUCCCUACGACCAAGCACGCGUUAUUAUUAAUGAUGAGCGAGGUGGUAAGUAUUGGGACCGAACUAUUGGAGGGGAUGUUCUUAAGCCUUCAAGAUCCAGUAUUUUGGAGACACUUGAGGAGAUUAUGUCACCUAAUUCCAAGAUCAAGCCAGUAUCUUUGCAUAAUAGUGUUUUGGUUUACAUUUCAGAAACUAAGGACAAUGUGAUUGCCAACAAAGGCUUUUAUUUGACCAUUGUUGCAAUUAUUUUGUUUGCGAUUUGGUAUACUAGACACUAUUCGCAUCCCAGCCGCAAGUACAAUUCGUUACCUUCUGAAGGUCUUCUUGGUAAGCAAGACUAA